AUGGAGAAUAAUAAUGGUGAUUUCAGGAAAAGAAUAAUUAAUGACUAUGAUAAGAACAUAGCAUUGGAUAAAAAAGACAUAAGAACUGAAAAUGUUUACUCUAACAACAAAGUAGUCAGUUUAGUAUUUAUAUCCCUUCUACUAGAUCUUCUAGCAUUUACCAUGAUACUCCCAUUAUUACCUUCUCUCUUGGACUACUAUGAUAAGGAAGAAGGGGACAAGGCAACUCUCUAUUCAGCCCUAUUGAAUGCCGUAAAGAGAUUUCAGACAAUGACUGGAGCUCCGGAUCGAUUUGCUUCUGUUUUGUUUGGAGGGGCCUUAGGGUCAAUGUAUAGUUUUUUGCAAUUUCUCACAAGCCCUAUUGUUGGAAGCCUAUCUGAUGCCUAUGGAAGGAAACCUUUACUUUUUAUUUGCCUGGUAGGGAUAGCUUUGUCCCAUGGGCUCUGGCGGUAUGCAAGUUCAUUCAGUCUGUUUGUAUUGGCCAGAUUCAUUGGAGGGCUGAGUAAAGCUAAUGUUAGUUUAAGUAUGGCUAUUGUAACUGAUGUCUCCAAUGAGAAGAAUAGGGCUAAGGGCAUGGCUCUAAUAGGUUUGGCAUUUUCAGUAGGUUUCAUACUGGGCCCUCUGGCUGGUGCUUGGUUUGCAAAAAACAAUGAUCAUUCUUCUGGCAUGUGGGGUGAACGACCUGCACAGUAUGCUUUGUUCCUUUCACUAGCAAAUGUUAUUCUUGUCACUUUUUUCAUACCCGAGACAUUGGCAAAGGAAAAGAGAGCACCAUUGUCUUUGAGCCUUUCAAAAGGCUUAGAUUACGUGUCGCCUUGGCACUUGGUAAAGUUCAGUGCAGUAAAGAACUUAACAGAGCAUCAAAACAAAGUCCUUUAUAAACUUGGAUUGAUUUAUUUUACCUAUCUCUUUAUAUACUCAGGGUUGGAAUUCACUCUCACCUUUUUAACGCACCAUACAUUUAAGUAUACAGCUAUGCAACAGGGGAAAAUGUUUUUAGUCAUUGGUGUUAUAAUGAGUUUACUCCAAGGAGGAGCAGCGAGGCGACUCGGUGCCAGAGGCGCAGUGACGGCAGCUCGACUAGCUUUAGCGUUGACCCCACUCUCUUUCCUAUGCGUCGCUUUAGCUGCCGUUCCGCGACCAAUACUCAUGGCACCAAUUGGCUGGCUAUGGGCUGGCCUGGUCUUAUUCGCUUUAUCAACUGCUUUCGCAGUUUCGUGUAUGACUUCCAUGGCGGCUGCACAAGCACCUGAAGAGUCCAGAGGCGCAGUUCUUGGAACUGUUCGCUCGUUGGGCGCCUUAGCGAGGGCUGCUGGACCACUUAUUGCCUCUACAGUGUACUGGUGCUACGGUGCGAGCGUUACAUAUACAAUCGGUGCAAUUAUUCUUAUUAUACCAGCUGUGAUGUUAUUUAGGCUUAGAACAUAA